UAACAUGGAAAAUGAGACGCGCCGGUUUAAUCAAACCGCUGUUGCGUGUAAAUACCGAAAAACAACGUGUUUGGAGAAAAAACUACGCGACCCAAGUGGAUUCCGGCUUGGCGGAGUGCUCACUAGACCCCAAGGAGUAUGUGGACUUCAAGCGGCAGCUGCGGCAGCUCAACUUGCCCCACAAAGAUGGACACACGUGCUUGCAGCUGGAGUGUCGCCUAUGCGAUCGCAAUAGGCAGCCGGUGACAAACGCCCAAAAGGGCACCGAUCAUGGGCUGCUGGCUUACGUAAACAAGCGGACGGGAGCUUUUAUCUGCCCCAACUGCGACGUAAAAACUUCACUGACCAGCGCUUUAUUAUCCUAUCAGUUGCCCAAGCCGGUUGGCUAUAAGCAACCGCUGCAGAGGCAGCCGCUCUAUGAAUCCCGAUUUCCCCACCUGGCCGUUGUUACUUCCGAGGCCUGUGCAGCUCUGGGGAUAAAGGGAUUGAAGGAGGACCAACUAAAUGCCAUAGGAGCACAGUGGGAGCCGCAGCAACAGCUGCUCCACUUCAAGUUACGCAAUGCCGCACAAGUGGUGGUGGGCGAAAAGGUGUUAUAUCUGGGCGAUCGACGGGAGGAGAUCUUCCAGAGCAGCUCCAGCUCCGGGCUGCUGAUCCACGGUGCGAUGAACAAAACCAAAGCGGUUCUAGUCAGUAAUCUAAUUGACUUUAUUGUCCUUGCCACACAGAACAUUGAAACGCAUUGCGUUGUAUGCCUGCCCUACGAAUUGAAAACACUACCACAAGAGUGUCUGCCCGCCUUGGAACGCUUCAAGGAGCUCAUCUUUUGGUUGCACUACGAUGCCAGCCACAGCUGGGAUGCAGCUAGAGCUUUUGCGUUAAAGUUGGACGAAAGGCGAUGCCUUUUGAUCCGACCCACUGAAACGGAACCUGCCCCACAUUUGGCUCUGCGCCGACGCCUCAAUCUGCGCCACAUCCUGGCCAAAGCCACACCGGUGCAGCACAAGGCCAUCACAACGUUCGGAGCGAUGCGAAAUGACAUUCUCAGCGAGUUGCAAAACAUCGAGAAGGUCAAUGGAGUAAAGUGGAAGCGCUUUCCAGUUCUGAACAAGCUGCUCAAAGGCCAUCGGAGGGGAGAGUUGACCAUCCUAACAGGACCUACGGGUAGUGGAAAGACAACCUUUAUGAGUGAGUACUCUCUGGAUCUGGCUAUGCAGGGCGUAAACACGCUGUGGGGCUCUUUCGAGAUUCGAAACACCCGGUUGGCGGCCACCUUGCUUCGCCAGUAUGUGGGCUACCCGUUGGACGACCGGUUGCAGGAGUUUAACCACUGGGCAGCGGAGUUUGAGCGUUUGCCGCUAUACUUUAUGACUUUCCACGGACAGCAGCCCCUUAAGCCGGUUCUGGAAGCCAUUGAGCAUGCGUCUUAUGUGCAUGAUGUGAUGCACGUUAUCAUCGACAAUCUGCAGUUUAUGAUGGGCGUGUCUUCAUUUCGAGGCGACAAGUUCUUUGAGCAGGACUCUAUCAUAGCUGCCUUUCGCUCCUUUGCCACUAAGCACAAUGUACACGUGACACUCGUAAUGCAUCCACGCAAGGAGCGACAAGAGGACGACCUGACCACCAGCUCGGUUUUUGGAACAGCAAAGGCCACUCAGGAAGCAGACAACGUUCUGAUCAUUCAAGACAAGAGGCUGACUUCUGUGCGGGGCAAGAAGUAUCUUCAGAUUGCCAAGAAUCGUUAUUCCGGCGACCUGGGCAUCAUGCCACUGGAAUUCGACAAAGACGGCCUGAGCUACUCAACCCAGAUUCAAAAUGCCAAGCGAAAGCGGGAAAAGACACCAUCCGAGAACUGAUUAUUAAGGCAUUUGUACUAUACGAUAUAAUUAUUCUGUUGUCUAUGGCUAGUUUAGUCUUAAGUGAAUCCUUGUAUAAAUUGCAUCACGUUGAGCUCUGCUUGUA